AUGACGCCGCCUCACCUCCCCGUCACCGUCACCGUCACCGUCGCCGUCCUUCUCCUCUUCCUCUGGCUCCCGGCGACCCCACCCGCUGCCGCUGACCCGACCCCGACCCCAUGGCCCCCGCAGUUCCACGCGACGCUGGUCAUGGACUACCACGGCAACAUGUCCGUGGCCGACCUCUGGUACGACUGGCCGGGCGGCCGCAACCUGCACGUCAUCCGCUACCAGCUCGCCGCCGACGCGCCCUACUACGAUAACGAGUGGAACAACGGCACCUCUUUCUUCUACACGCCGGCGCGCCGCACCUGCCGCUCCGCCGCCGUCGGGGUCGGCAUUCUCCGCCCCGACUGGCUCCGGCCUGGCGCCGUCUACCUCGGCCGCCGCGACGCCGGCGGAUUCGACUGCCACGUCUGGGCCAAGGCCGACUUCAUCACGUACUACGAGGACGUCAAGACCAAGCGGCCCGUCAAGUGGGUCUUCUACACAGGUAGGAUCGCCUAUGUGAUGAGCUUUGAGGUGGGAGCCGUGCUAGAGGACGCGGCGUGGCAGGCCCCUGAGUACUGCUUCACCAAGGACGGUGGGCUGGCUGCCGAGACCACAACCAAGAUCUCUGAUGGGCAUCAUGGCAGCAGCUUCAUCCCCAGGAGCGUGCUGUGA